UUUUUUAAAAUCUAUGUUGUAUCUAAUUCCGAUGAGAAGAUAAGUUGCUCUUCAUAAAAGAUGUACAAAAGUAAUAAAGAAGAAAUUAAUGCAUAAACAAAUAAAGAAAAAAAUGAAAGAAAAAGCGGAGUGAUACGUUGUAGAUUUUUAAUAUCUUUCUACGAAGAAUUAUUUCAGCAUACGGGGAGAAGUUAAGCUUACGUACAUGCAUGCAUGCAUGCAUGCAUGCGUGUGUGUGUAUGUAUGUAUUCAGCUUGUAAAAACGAUAUAGUACUAUACAUACAUAAGUUUACUGGAGUCUACUCAGGAGCUCAGUGAGCUCGUGAACUCUGCAUCGUUCGCUGUUCCACGCUCGUCAACAGAAGUCGAAGGCUAAUGUGAAAUCGUUUCACGUGUAAUUUUUUUUUUAAGAUCGAGUAUAAUUUCGUAUCGGAGAAAAUACUUUUUCUUAUCUCGUUAAGGAAACUUGUUGCAGAAGAUAUAAAAUAGAAUGGAAAUUUUUUCAACGUUAAAUAUUUAUUAGUCAAUUAAAAGAAAAAAAAUUUAUCGGUGAAUGUAAUACACGAGGUAUUAAAGAUCGUUCAUUCGAUUUAACUCAUACACAGAACCAGUCUCCUUCUUGACUUUCAAGAAAAGAGAAAUCAUGGAAGAACCUAGCGAGAUACAAUCGUUUUAUAAAGGCAAGACCAUAUUUAUUACUGGAGGGUCCGGUUUCAUGGGAAAAGUUCUUAUUGAAAAAUUGCUUUAUACCUGUAGCGAUCUUGAUAAAAUCUAUAUGCUAAUAAGAUCCAAAAAAGGUCGCAAUCCUGAUUUGCGUAUCGACGAGAUGUUCAAGUUACCAUUGUUCAUAAGAGUGCGAAAACAAAAGCCAGAAGUAAUAAAAAAAGUGAUACCGAUAGUUGGAGACAUCUCAUUGAACAACCUCGGUAUCACCGAUGAACAACGGGAGCAUCUAAUUAAUGAAACUCACAUCGUCUUUAAUCUAGCAGCCGCGGUUAGAUUAGAGGCUAAAUUGAAGGAUGCUAUCGAAUCGAACACGGUCGGCACAAAGAGAGUAUUGGAGCUGAGCAAGACUAUGAAGAAGCUGGAGGCAUUUUUGCACCUGAGUACGGCUUUCUGUCAUGUCGAUCAAAUAGAGCUCGGUGAACGAGUUUACGAUUCACCAGAUGAUCCUCAGGACGUCAUAAGAUUUGUUCAAUGGAUGGAAGACGACGCUAUCAAUCUCGUCACGUCUAAAUUGAUAGCUCCUCAUCCGAAUACUUAUACGUACUCGAAACGUUUGACGGAGAAAUUGGUGGCUGACGAGUUUCCUCAUAUACCAGUUGUCAUAACAAGACCUUCCAUUGUUUUACCGGCUCUCAGUGAACCUUUGCCAGGUUGGGUGGAUAAUUUGAACGGGCCGACAGGUAUCGUUAUUGGUGCUGGGAAAGGUGUAAUUAGGUCGAUGCAUUGCAACCCUAAUUGUCAUGCCGAAGUUAUACCCGUUGACUGGGCCAUUAAUGCGUUGAUCGCGAUCGCAUAUAAGAUAGGUACAGAUCGGAACAAGCCGAAAAAUUGUCCGGUUUACAAUAUUACUCAGAGUAGUAUCGAACGAAUGACAUGGGGUCAAGUUUUAGAGAGGGGAAGAAGCAUUGCUUACGAUUAUCCUUUCGAAGGACAGAUUUGGUAUCCGGACGGCAACAUACGGAACAGCAAAUUCAUUCAUAAUGUUUUUGUCUUGUUCUUUCACCUUAUACCGGCUUACCUAAUUGACUUUCUGAUGCUAAUAUUUUGUCAAAAAAGAUUCAUGGUACGUAUUCAAAAAAAAAUUUCGGACGGCCUCGAUCUCCUGCAAUAUUUUACCACGCGAGAAUGGAUCUUUCAUAAUACGAAUCUAUUGAUCUUAUGGGGUGACAUGAGUCCGAAGGAUAAAGAAUUAUUUCAGCUUGAUACAGCGAACGUCGACGUGUUAGAUUAUAUAAAGUUUAUUAUAUUGGGUGCAAGGCAAUAUUGUAUGAAAGAAGAUCUCUCUUCUUUACCGAGAGCACGUAUACAUCAAAGGAUAAUGUACAUCAUUCACAUCACAACGGUAUACCUAUUCUACUUCGGCAUAUUAUAUUUUAUAUACAAGCAAUUUGAGUUUGCUCGAGUUUCUUUCGAUUAUGUCACAGACAAGAUCAAGAUGCUGCCACUGAUGGAUAAUGUUAUUUAAAAGGAUCAUAUUAAGAAGAAAAAAGAAAAAGAAAUCAUUUGGAGUCGCUUUGUAUCGUUUUAUUAUAUUGUAUAUUUGAUUUGUUUGAAGUAGUACUAUUGGUUGAACUAGUAGUCCAUGUUACUUACUAUCGAUAAAAGACGGAUUAAUUCUGUACACUUUCAAAUCUUUCUUUUUUUUUAAUUUCUAUCUAUCUUUCGAUUUUUUCCAUCUCUAUUUGUAUUUUUUUCUUUCUUUCUUUUUUUUUUAUUAUUUUUACUUCGAUAUAUACCCUAAUAUAUUUCAUUUGUACGUCACAAAUAUUUUUGAUACGAGAAACUAUUGGGUUUUGGUGCGUUGGUGGUUUUUUCUUUGUUUUUUUUUUUUUUGGUUAAGAAAAAAGAAAAAGGGAAAAUAAAGGAAGAAAGAAAAAAUAGGAAGGAAAGAAUCUUUUAAAUGAAAUGAUCGUUUGUGUUUACUUCUUUAAGUUGAAGUUUUAUUUGAGUUGAAGUUCGUUAAAUAAGUGGAUCUUAGAUACCACGCCAAAUAUAGAUACGCCUACGUACAUCAAAGUAAAGAAAAAAAGAAUAUAUCAGAGAGAGAGAGAGAGAGAGAGAGAGAGAGAGGAACCAAUCGAAAAAUAGAACAAGACAAUAAAUAAAAAAAAAAUUAUAUAGGGAUCAUGUGAUAUAAACAUAUAUACAAUUUUUUAUGCUUUUAUACUUUUUAAUACCGAUAUAUAAAUGUGUUUACAUGAAUAUAUAAUUACUAUAUAUAACUUUUGUAUCAUUCAAGUGGAAUAAAGGAUUCAUUGGAAAGAUAUUGCGUUAAUAGAUAUA